AUGAGGUCGGUCCUGAAUAUAGUAGUUUUUUUCACCAUUUUGUGUUUAAUGAUCUUAAAACCCAGUGGUCCAGUCGUCUUCAAGCUGACAAAUGUCGUUUGCGACAGCUUUAAUAAAACCUGGGUUCGGAUAAAUCAAUGCAGAUUGAAGGCGAUCAAUCGCUAUAGAACUGUGUUUAAUUUCAACGCCACUUUCCUCUAUCCAACCAAUGAUGUCUUUGUUCACUACCACAUGUAUAAAAGGGAGAAUGGCUAUAAGCCAUGGCUUAUAAAAACACAGGUCGAUGGAUGUCGGUUUAUGCGAAAGCCAUAUGAUCCCUUUGGCAUAUUAAUUUUUAAAAUGUAUAGGAACUUCACUAAUGUCAACCACACCUGCCCGUAUUAUGGUGAAAUUCUCGUAAGGAACAUGUACUUAUCCACGACAGCUAUGCGACUUCCACUGCCCACGGGUGAUUAUUUACUGGCCAUGAACUGGCUAUUUUACGGAAAAACCCAAUUUGACACGAAUGUUAGUUUUCAAUUUGUUGAGGACAUAUUGUGACUUGAAUGUUAAAUGGCUUAAAGUCCUUAAGACUGUAAAGUGAUUUAUGUUUAUCUCGAAAAUGAAAGAUUAAUAAAGUGUUUAGUCUCUUCUACUGAAAAUCUUACACCACUCUCCGCGCAGAUGGAUAUAUAUAAGAGUAUCCCUUAGAUGAAGCCAGGAAAUGAGCAUUUUUAGGGAACGCGUGCAAUAACCCGUCAUUAGCAGGCUUUUGGUAAUAGACCUGUCGCCUCGUCGGCCAACUCCAAAGCCAUUCUCAGCAUAUGUUAGACAUUUAUGUCU